UCUCGGCACACAACACAUCCGUGUUUUUCAGUUAAAUCGAAAUCUUUUUUCCAAUUCACAUUCCGGCAUUUUCCACCUGAUCGGGUGCAGGGCAAUUCAACACGCCAUCUUGAUUACUUCAUAUCUAUGUACAUAUAUAUCAUUAUAUAUACAAUAUUGAAUUUGUAAUACAACACGCGUUUUGUGUUCGCUGGUUUCGUUUGAUUUUCGUUAUUUUUUUUCAUUUAACGGUUAUUGAGAGGUGGAUUUAAGUGUGUGAUAUUGUGAAUUGUGGCACUCGGAAACCCCUCCCGGCGUUCUGUGGUACGUGAAAACGAAAAACAAACCCAUUGAAACUGUGAGACAGUGGUUUUCUUUGAUUUCUCUCUCUCUCUCUCUCUGUCGAGAUUUUUCUUCCCCCCUCCAUUUUGGAGCUGCGAGGAAUUUUUGGGGGGGCUUUUUCGGGUCUCUUUUAUGUACUAAACCGAUAUGUGUCGUCGGUGUGAGUGCUGGCGAACUGUGAGUGUGUUCUGUGUGUUUACUUCAGUACGUUAAGUUGAGAAGUUGAAAAGUAAAAUUGAGAGAAUAAGAAACUGGAUUAAUUGAGCACAGAAACAGAAGCGAGGGAUUUAAUAAACGUUGAGCAAAAGAGUGGGAAUAGAGACGUGUCUGAGUGGUUUUGAAGCUCUGGUGCUUCCUCGGAACUUUUUUUUUCUUCAUCCACUCGGCGCUGCGAAAAAAAACCAUAAGGGGUCUCGAGUGCAGACGAUCGAGGCAAGCGCGAGGAGGAAAUCUCUAGGACCAAAUCGAUACGUGUGUUAUCAACGCCCGAAACGUGUGAAACCCCCUGUGGUUCAUCGUAAAUAAUUACAAACAGUUCGGUGAUUUGAAUAAAAACGCUCGUAUGCAACAGCAACGUAACUCCGGCGUUCCUUCAGCCUCAGUGACAACGCCACCAUCAACAAUGUCAAAUAUGUUUCCACAGCAGUACUGCCUUAGAUGGAAGUACCAUCACAGCAAUCUGCAGACUAUGUUCUCGCAGUUGCUUGAGAGACAGGCGUACUGUGACGUCACACUCGCUUGUGAGGGCCAGACACUGAGGGCGCACAAGGUUGUCCUGAGUGCGUGUAGCACAUACUUCGACACAAUAUUGUCGCAGUACGAGGAGAAGGAUCCAAUAGUAAUAAUGCGUGACGUCAAAUUCUCAGACAUCAAAGUACUCGUUGAAUUCAUGUACAAGGGGGAGAUCAAUAUCGAUCACACAAGACUGUCAUCUCUGCUGAAAACUGCAGAGGAUUUACACAUAAAAGGAUUGGCGGAGGUGAGCUGGCGAAGUGAUUCAACCCAGAAUGAGCUGAAUAACAGUGGGCACAGUCCGGGAGCUGGAACUCCCGGUGUUGAGACAGUGCUGAGGGAAGGUGACGCUGACGAACCACCCCCUCCAAAACAAAAACGCCGGGGCAGACCACCCCUCGACGAUCCACCAUCAGCCCACGACGUAUUCACACCUAAAGUUACAUGCAUCACUGGAAACGAGGAAAUGAUGAGUGAGGGCGAUCACGAGAGCUGGGACGACGAGAUGAUGAUGAACGAGAACAAUGAGCCUCCGCUGCCAGUGUUGUCCUACUUAUCCAAGGAAGACGUCAACUCAGACCAAGAAAAAAAACAAUCUGCAGCUCCCAGCACUCCGUCAAACUCAAAUGCAACGAACCCAGCGAUUCCCGAACAAUUCCGUGAUGUUGUAAAAAUGAACGACUACCUAACAACAGGCAGACGACAGGAAUUCUGGGAGGAGCCAUUCACGAGACGCGUUAUGGAUGCUAUCAAAAGUAAAGAACUUGAGAUGAAGACUGCCGCUGAGAUACUUGGUGUAUCCUAUGGAACACUCUACGGAAGAUACCGUGACAGUUAUGGUUGCCUUAAACACCCUUACAGAGUCCGAGACUUUUGGUCAGAACCAGGACCUGCUGAAGUCCUAUCAAAGCUUCGAAGGAAAGAAAUAACCCUAUUCCGGGCAGCCGAAUUUCUCAAUGUCACCGUCCACACGCUUGCGACGUAUCUAUCAACGUUACAAGGCCCCGACAGAAUUUCAUUGGCCGGUGAAUUGAGUGCUGCGAGCCCUCUAGAUGGCAACGACGGAGAUCCCACUAAUGACUCAGUUAAUGAAAUAUUGCAAAAGUUGAAUGCUGCGGGGGCAACAGCUACGAUACCAACAACAUCAGCAUCGAUAAAGAGAGAGGGAGGGGGUUACAUUGAACUAGCAAGUACAAUACCAAAAGCAGCGAGUUCAGUGCUCGAAAAUAAUCCAGACAUAACCAUUGUCAAGACAGAGAGUAUUCAGCGCAAGAGGGAAUACUCGAAAGUGUCAAAUACGGAGAAUAAUAAUGCUAAAUUAAUGAGUGGAGGGGCGGUCAGUGAAUUGCAACAGAAAAUAACAGAUCCAUUGUCGUUAAACAAUGAUCAUAAUAAACCAUAACUGUUCAGGCCUUAUUUGACACCGAAUAUUCCUAGAUUUGUACAAAAUCAUGGCUACAGGAGGGAGCUCUGCCCUAGGAGAUUUUAUUCAAAUUUGUUCAGUAGAUUUCUCACAAAUUUUCAGUUGAAAUAAGUUCGUUUUUUAAACUUUAGGAAAUCGAAGAUGAACUCUCGGUUAUUUCAUGACUCUGUGGAAAAUUAAGACAAUGAGGGAACUUUCCCCUCUAUCACUUUUUGCGAAACUCAAUUUUCAGUUGACUAUUGGAAAUUUGUGGGAUAAUCUCACGGGAGAAGUGCAGAUAAAGUCGCGACAUUCACUUUGAAGUUGAGAAUUAUUCUGUUGACUGUCUUCUAACAACUAUUCAAUGUGAAUAAAAUACAAUGUGUGACAAUAUCUUCAACUCUAGGGCAGAGAUGGUACAGCAGUUGUUGAGAUAUUCAUUCCUUUUCCUAUGAUUUUUGUUUCAUCAUUUACAGUAGAGAGAGAGGUAUCUGUUGGUUUUUUGGAUGUCAUCCUUACAUUUGACAUUUUUAUUUCAAUUGUUUGGAGUGACAUUUAUAGACGAGUGUCGAGCCUUUUUCAAUUUUUAUAUCCAAUACAUUUGAGUUUUCAAGCAAUUUAUUUUGACAAACUCCAAGUGAAACAUCCGAAAAUAUCCACGACCUUGAAAUCAGCAGAAGUUUCAUCUCUUUCGUGCAAUGAAAAAUGAAAACAUUUUAUGACAAGAGAAUGCAUACUCCCGAGCGAUUGAUUACACCAGGAAAAAUGCAAUGCAACGGAAAAGUUGAUGACUUGAGCGAACACUAACUAAUAACGGAAAUUUAAUAACUGGUUUUUUUUUCGUCUAAAAAACGGAAUUCGAGAUGGACUGACGUACGAUAUAGAGAAAAAAAUGAAUAUAAAUAAUAAAUAAAUAAAUGGACGAAUGGAGGAGCAAAUGAAGAUACAUGCAUAGCGAGUAAAUAAAUAUUUAACAUACUAUUGCCUAUGUGAGCGUCUAGAAAACGAUAAAUGAAGAAUUAUAUUUUUUUCUCUUUUUAUAUAAACAAAAACAUUGGUAUAGAAAUAAAAUAUGCACUCGUA